AAGAGGGAAUUUGGAGCGCGCGGUGGAAGCAACACAUACCAGCCAAGCCAACUCGAAACGAUACGUGGAUUCUCAUUGAAUAAUUGUUUUGCUCUCGUGGCUGGGUGAAAGGCCAUGACACACAUGUGCAGACAAGCUGAAAACGCAUAGGAAUAAGAGGGAUCAUUUUCACAGGACCAUGGGAAACAGAAAUACGAUUUUUAAAGAAAUAUUAUUCGCUGACUAGUAGGUAAUUGAUCAAGAAACUGCCAGUUACCUGCCCGCGCGUGAGCUAGCAGCAGCUCGAGACGAUAGUCAGGUAUUGCUAGACAGCCGCAUUGCCUAUUUGGCUGUGUGGUAGCUAUAGUUUUGGAUACAGUAAAAUCAGGUCAAUUCGACUGACUUUCCAUUCGAGCUACCGGUAUUCAACCAUGCCAUGUUUUCUUGGAGGUGUAUCAAGUUGGCUGGCUAGUUAGCUAGCUAGCCAAUCACACUGAGUCUGAGUUUGACUGGAACAUUAUUGCGAAGACCGUACAGACAGUAUGUGGUGUUACUAUUCCACGUAUUUAUCUAUUGUUUCCCCCCCAGGAUUUUUGUUUUAUUCUCUAACUAACGUUAGCUAGCUAGCUACUUGGAUAUAUAUUUGUCUCGUUCGGGCGGUGUGUGGUUGGCACAAUUCCUUAACUUUACACAUCGGGGUUUCCCUCAACAUAUAUUUAUAAACGAAUUACUAGUAAUUUAAAAUCUAGCUAUUACUGUAAUUAGUUUUUCGACUUGGAAAAUGGAUUCGGGUAUUGAAAAGGAAUGCAGCGCUCUGGGAGGGCUCUUCCAGAUCAUCAUGAACGACAUGAAGGCUAGUUAUCCAGCCUGGGAGGACUUUGCAACCAAAGGAGUGAAACUGCAAUCCCAGCUAAAGACAACCAUCAUCGUCACAGGCUCUUUCCUGGAUGCCUUUCAGAAGGUGGCAGAUAUGGCGACUGGAACAAGAGGGGCGACAAAAGAGAUUGGCUCGGCCUUGACGAGAAUGUGCAUGAGGCACAGAAGCAUAGAGUCCAAACUGAAGCUCUUCACCACGGCACUAACAGAUACCCUGAUCAAUCCCCUUGAGCAGAAGAUUGAGGAGUGGAAGAAGGUGGCCAGUCAGUUGGACAAGGACCAUGCCAAAGAAUACAAGAAGGCCCGAGCAGAUAUCAAGAAAAAAUCCUCAGACACAAUCAAGCUGCAGAAGAAAGUUAAGAAAGGGAAGGACGAGGUGCGCGGGCAGCUGGACAGCGCCCUGCAGGACGUGAACGUGCGCUAUGCUGUGCUGGAGGAGACUGAGAAGAGGGCCGCGUGCCGGGCGCUCAUCGAGGAGAGGGGCCGCUACUGCUCCUUUGUCAGCAUGCUCAAACCCGUGCUGGAUCAUGAGAUCUGCAUGCUAGGCGAGGUGACCCACCUGCAGACCAUCCUGGAAGACCUGAGCACCCUGACAGCCGAGCCCAGCAAACUGCCCCCCGCCAGCGAACAGGUGAUCCUGGAUCUGAAGGGAUCUCACUACAGCUAUAGUUACCAGACGCCCCCUGCCUCCCCCAGCAACACACUGUCCCGCAAGAGCAGCAUCAGCGGUAACUACAACUCUGUGAGGCACGUCCCCUCUCUGGACUCCAUCACCUCCUCUAUGGAUGGCAUUCACCUCUGCCCGCCCUCCAUGGAACCAGCACAGUGCCGCUCACCCAGUCCGAUGGCACGCUUUGUGGGCUGGGAGGGCACCGCACGCUCCCUCAGCGAGAGCAACUCGCCCACCGCCUCCGUCCGCUCUGGUGCCCGCUGCACCCAUGCCCGCUCUGCCAGCCACGCCAGCCGCAGAGACACCACCGAGGUGAGCGGGUCGGGACCGAUCGGGUCGGGCACAGAGAACGGCACGGCCAUGCCUCCUCCACACAACGCCUACACACAGCACGGAGAGAGGGUCCGCGCCAUGUCCACAUCCGGAAAGCCCCAGAGUGCCCGGGAGCAGCUGGCCCUGACCCUGGGCGGAGGGCUCAACUCUGAGGCCCCCCGCACCAGCCACGACUCCCUCCACUGCUCCAGCGGCUACAGCACGCAGACCACCACGCCCUCCUGCUCCGAGGACACCAUCCCCUCCCACGCUAUAAAGAAAGAGCUUCCUCUUUAUGACUACGACUACAUCUCCCUGCACGGGGGCGAGGAGGCGCACCAUGGCCCGCCUGACUUUGACAAGUCCUCCACCAUCCCGCGCAACAGCGACCUCAGCCUGCAGUACCGCAAGAUGAUCCAGAGCAAGCGACCCGCCUCCACAGUCAGCUUGCUGGCCGAGCCCGAGCCGCUGGGCUUGUGCCAGUCGCACACUGCCACCAUCCGCCGCAAGCCCUCCUCCAAGCCUGCCUACCGCCGCGGCACCAUCAGCGGCGGUGUGCCCAUCCCCAUCUGCACCCCCCAGGUGCCCCUCAAAGCCCUGGGCGUAGGAGGAGAGGGGGACAGCGGGAGCAAUGGGGACAUGGGGCCACCAGAGGGUGGUGUGGGUAUGAGCAGGACGGUGGACCACGGACUGGUCCACGCCAAGCACAGCCUGUGCACGUCCACCCAGAGCCUGAGUGCCAUGCCCUUGCACCAUUCUUCGUCCACGUCACCCUACUACUCGCUGAUCCCGGGCCAGGCGCCAGUUCCCAUGGGCAGCUCGGAGCAGCUGUACCAGCUGAGCAAGCAGCAGCAGUACGCCCUGCACCAGCAGCAGCAAAAGCAGUACCAGCAGCAGCACCUGCAGUACAACCAACAGCAGCAGCGGUAUCAACAGCAGCCCCAGACACAACAACAGCAGCAGCCGUUUCAAUUUCAGCAACGGUUCCAGCAACAACAACUGUACCAACAGCAGCUCCAGCAGCAGCAACAACAGAAGCUCCAACAUCAAAAGCAACUUCAGCAACAGCAGCUCCUACAACAACAACAACAACAACAACAACAACAACAACAACAACAACAACAACAGCAGCAGCAGCAACCAAUUCAGCAGCAGUCUCAUCUCCCACAACAACACAAUACGUCUGCCACUGCCAACCAGCUGGUGGAGAGCGGGCACUGCCAGCCCCCCCAGCAGCCCCCUGACGCGGAGGAGCCCUGGGGUGGCGGAGGUCACAUGGUCACCAUGAUCCGGGGAGUGAAACUGCGUCGGACCCUGACCAACGACCGCUCUGCCCCCUUCAUUUCCCCGGCCAGCCAUCUCAAAUGAGCCCCUCCCUACCAGUGUAGGUUGUCAUCGUUUUGUUUUACGGUUCUUGCUUUUCUUUUUGCCCCGUUUCCAAUAUAUAUUAUUAUUAUAUUUUCUCCUGAGAAUAAAAAAGGAUGUUGCCUUUUUGGAAAUUUGGUCUGGUGUAAAAGGCUUCCCUCUCUCCAAUCAAAUGAUUAUAUAAUCUUCCUCAGAUGGAGUCGUAGGUGAAUAUGGCCUCUUUAUCGCUCUGUAAUUUAAGAUGUUUAUACAUACGAGGAUACGUGUUGGCUAUAUAAAAGCAUUUGAGGUCAUAGAUCAGGGGUAUUCAACUCUUACCCUACGAGGUCCGGAACCUGCUGGUUUUCUGUUCUACCUGAUAAUUAAUUAUACACACGUGGUGUUCCAGGUCUAAAUCAGUGCCUGAUUAGAAGGAAACCAUUUAAAAAAGCAGUGGAACUGGAUUCAAGGUCCAGAGUUGAGUUUGAGGGUCAUAGAUUAUAAAGUUCUAUGUUUAUAUAUUGUUGAGAAAAUAAGAAAAUGCUUUGCUUACUUAGUCUUAUCAUCACCUUCAUGGUCGGAACCAAUAGAAACCCACACAUAUGUAUAUAUUAGCGUGAUAUGCAGAUGUUUUUUUUUUAUUAGUCGACGAAAUAGCAAUGGCAUCUUUUCUCGUAGUCUUAUUUUUGUAUAAAGAACAAGCGCAGGGUCAAAAUGAAGAGGUCCUGCUUUUUCGCCUGUACUAGGACCUGUGUAAAAGGACACGGACGGAGCUCCUGAAUCAGGCUUGGCAGCUCAAGUUCUGGCAAAGACUGAAACAGUGGACGUGUCCUGAAUGAUCCCCUGAGGUAAAUUUAAAGACAGUCACUUUGAAAAGGAAGAGGAGACUGAAGAAUCGGACACAGGACUUAAACCUCUAUAGCUUUCUCAUCUGGAUCUCGUUCAUGAUGGGAUCACGUGAGCUUAAUCACUCUCCAUGUACUGUUAGGUCCACAAUGGCUUGAAAUGCUUCGAGCUGGCUUUUCUAUGUAUUCAGUUGACUUAUUUUUCUCUCUAAAUCAAACACACACUUCUUCACCUUCUGUGUGGCGGUCGACUGUACCAGUGUUUGAGCCAAUCAGAGGCUUGCACUGCAGGGCAGAGAGGGGUCACUGGGUCAACAAAGGGCUUUGUGGGGCUUUUGAUAGCAGGGGUCAGGACUUAUGUACCGUAAGCUCCUUGAGCUGGAAAGUAAAGCCACCAUUGUGUGGGAUGAGGAGGACUGCAAUGCACUCAAUCCCAGCGCUAAUAUACACUGAGUGAACAAAACAUUAAGAACACCUGCUCUUUCCAUUACAUAGACUAACCAGGUGAAACCAAG